AUGAGCUCCCUCGACGCCGCCUACGCCAAGUGGGCCGAUCUCGAUCUCGACACGGCGUCCGAGGACGACGAGCCGCAGCGGCCCCGCGCGGCGCCCUCGAAGAAGCGGUCGAAGGUCGUCGUCGACAUCGUUUCCGACCCGAACUGAUACUGGGCCUGGCCGUCGAAGCGGCGCGUGGAGGCCGUCGCGGCCGAGUUCCCCGACGUGGCGUUCGAGAUCCGGUUCCAGCCGUUCCAGCUCUACCCGGAUCUGCCGCGCGACUCGCGCGGCGUCGACAAGCUCGAGUACUUCACGGCGCUGAGCGAGCGGCGGCGGCCGAACGCGUCCAUGGCGGAGAAGAAGGCCAGGAUCGCGGGCCUCGUGGGCGCCUGGAAGGCCGACGGCCUCGACCUCACGUCGCCCUUCGGCGUCGACGGCGGCCGAUGGGGCUCGUCCUUCGACGCGCAGCGCCUCAUCUGGCUCGCGCGGCAGCAGGGCCGCGAGGAUCCCAUGAUCGAGGCGAUCUACAAAUUGAACCACGUCGACAACGAGCCGCUGAGCGACCACGCGAAGCUCCUCGAGGCCGCGCGCGCCGCGGGCGUCCAGCGCGCGCCGGAGCUCCUCGCCCGGGCCGACGGCCUCGGCGCGCGGGAGGUGCUCGAGCGCUACCAGCACUACGUCGCCAUGGGCAUCAACGCCGUGCCCGUCAUCGUCCUCGACGACAAGCACGUCAUCUCCAACGGCGCGCCGGAGAAGGACUUCCUGCGGCGCACGUUCAAGCACCUCAUCGACACGGGCACCGUGCCCCCGCACCUCGGCGCC